UCUAAUCAAUCCAAAGGCGUCCUCGGUUAUAAUCAUUAUAACGAAACGUCUGCUGAGUGAGUUUCGAAAUGGAUGGAAGGCGUCGCUCGCUUUUUUGCAUGAGCCUACUUAUUGGACUACUGCAGAUUUCGGCCAAACUCAUCCCAUGUGAUCGAAUACACAAUGAUCGAAACUGUUAUAUCCACAAUAUCAGCAUCGAUCCCACCGAGAAUCACAAUGACACUCAGUUUCAACACGUUCUUCAGCUGGUGCUGGAUAACUGUUCCAUAGUGCAAUUUUCCAGCGAACUGUUUGCAAAUCUUGGCGAGACGAACUUUCUAACGUUGAAAAGAGGAAAUGUGCCCAAUGUCAACUUCAGCUCCGAGACUCUGCACACGCUUCGCAUCGACAAAACGGGCCUGAAGAAUCUAUCGAUCGCAUCCAUACCAAAUCACAACCUAAACACGCUAAUGAUAAAUCGAAAUCCGAUAUCAAUCCUUCCAAACACAAUUCGCUACCUGUUUGCCCUAUCUAUUGUGGACCUAUCGCAAAACCAAUUGAAUCACAUGAAUCUCGACUGGUUCCAGCAAAUGGAUAACCUGAUGAUCCUGGACCUAUCGUGGAAUCACAUCGUGCGGAUCGAUGGAAGCUCGGAUCUACGUUUGAAACGGUUGAAAAACUUUUGGAUUAAUCACAACCAACUGUCACAGGUCCCCUGGUUUCCAAUAGCUUUUCCAAAACUGGAACGAAUUCGCCUGUCGGACAACUACUGGACUUGCAGUUGGGUUCGAGCAGUUCGACAGCAAAUUUGGGAUCGCGGAAUUCAACUUUUCGAUGCCGACAGUGCUUGCAGCGAACAACAGGAAGGUGGUCUCUGCUGUUACGUUUCGGCGACAGUGGGAUCCCCUACAGCAAAGUAUGAAUUUAUAGAAAUUGAUUUCCAACCUCAGACGGCGAGUAUUAUGGAAAUGGAGCCGGAAAAACCUCAAUCAGCAUCGUUGGUAGCAGCGGAUCGGGAAGGCAAAGGAAACGUUACCUGUCGGUCGUUUCAGGAAAAGAUACGAAAUUUGAAACGGGAAAUGUUAAUAAUGGCAAGGGAAAGAGCGGAGAUGGAACAACAGUUUGCGAAAAAAGUUCAAUCAUUGCAGGAGCUGCUACGAGGUAUCAGAGAAGACUUAGGAGAAUCGGAAAAGGAAGUGUCGCGUUAUAGAUUGAAGGAACGAUUGGAGAUGAUCGCUAAGACGGAGCGAUUGAAUAACAAGAAAUAGAUUGAGGAUACAGAGAUAAAUAUUUAUAUUUAAGAAAAUUUGUCACUUCUUUGAAUAAACUAUACUAUGUCAAAACUACUGGCAUUAGCUUGUCAACGAAAA